AUGACAGACAAUUCCCAGAAGAUGAGCUACCACAUUGGAGAAGCUAAAGGCCAAGUUCAGGAGAAAGCAAACAAUAUAAUGGAUAAGGCAAGUGAUGCAGCUCAAUUAGCUAAAGAAUCAAUGCAAGAGGCAGGACAACAAAUAAAGGCCAAAGCACAAGGUGUAGCUGAUGUUGUCAAAGAUGCUACUGGAAUGAACAAGUGA